AAUCAGCUCGCAGGAGGCCUCUCUUGUUUAUUUGCCAACCUUUCCUGUUGUUUCCGCAGAGACGCCAGGUUGUGUUCAGCUCAGGACUGUGUCGACUCAUCAGACUCCAGACAGCAGACUAUGGGACCAGAUGGAGUCCUCACGCGGGGAACCUUUGGAUGGACCACCACAGGGAACUUGACCUCCCUGUGCCCUAAUGGGUCCACAUGGGUUUGGGACAUACUCGGGGAAUGUGCCCAGGACGCGAGGGAUAUGGCGAGCAUUUACAUCGGCCUCUUUUCCAUCUUCUGCUUCAUGAUGUCUUCCGUUCCACAGUACUGCAGCUCAUGUAAAACAGGGAAUAUGGACAAGGCCCUCUCCAUCUGGUUCCUGGUGCUGUGGUUGGGAGGUGACACCUGCAACCUGGUGGGCUCCUUCUUGGCAGACCAGCUUCCGCUUCAGACUUAUACAGCCGUUUAUUAUGUUAUAGCUGACCUGGCGAUGCUGGGCAUGUACUUAUACUACAAGACAAGGAACAGGAUGUCAGAAAGCAGGAGUGCUUUGCACUUGGUGGGUGUAGCCUGUGUCCUGAGCUUCACCACAAGCCUUGCCUACCUCCCUGGAUUAGGCGCCCAACAUGAAGUUGUACCUUCUGGGUUCAGGUCGCGCACCCUGCUCUCAACCUCUAAUGUUGGUCCCAUCAAGACUUUUACCCCUAAAGAAAUAAUUGGUUUCUCCAUCGGCUCCGUGUCGUCAGUUCUCUACCUCUUUUCCAGACUUCCCCAGAUGUACACUAAUUUCAAGAGGAAGUCCACAGAGGGAGUGUCUUUCUUCCUGUUCGCGCUGGUCAUCCUAGGAAACACUACAUACGGCCUGAGUGUCCUGCUGAAGAACCCUGAUCAGGGCCAGGCCGAGAAAAGCUACAUGGUCCAUCACUUGCCUUGGCUCAUUGGCAGCCUCGGCACCCUCUCCUUAGACCUCAUUAUCUCCAUCCAGUUCUUGAUUUACCGCAAAUCUACGUUGGAGAUGGACGUCAACCACGGUGAGACCACGCCUCUGAUUGGGAGCUAAUCCAAGAGUGUAUUCGUGGGACACGUAGAGACACUCUCUUCCAGUGAACCCUAAAAAUCACAUUACCAACCAAAUCAGAAUGAAAGAACAUGAUUUUAACGUGUCAUUUAUCAUGCUCUUUUAAUGUUUACUUUGUUUUUAUCUGCAAAAGUACUGUGAAAGAGGAAGUCUUCAACUUGGGUUCAGCUGCAGAGAUUUGAUUUACGAUGCUCUUAAUGUUCGAGUUUUAAAGGGACGAUUGAGGGUUUCAGGUGUCGCACAUGGAUUAAAACUCCUCCUGUCAACCCAAAAUCCUCCUAUUUUUAGGUCACAACCUCAUUUUGAUUUUAGACCUAAUAUAUAUGUCAGAAUUCUGCUGGCCGGGGUGACCGGACCACACAGAGGUUUCUCUCAAAGUAUUUUGUUUUUAAGUUGCCAAACACUUUGACAGCAUCGUAGUGAUGUGUCUGACCAUAAAAAAGAAGAAAUGUUUCGCAAAACAUUUCCAAUUGUAAAUUGUAUUUAGUCAAUUUUUAAUUGAUGAUCACCCAAGUGCUUUAAUCACAGCUUUGAGAAUUUAUUUUUUUUGUUCAUUUUAGACAUCUUUUUAAAUUGUAGUCAUAUGAUUGUAUUUUAAUUUAUUUUAUUAGUUAUUUUUAGAAAUAAAGACACUUGACUAAUUUUGUCUUCACUGGUGAUAACAGUCACAACACACUUUUCACUACCAUGUUUAAUUUACACAUCUUCAUUUUUUCAUUUUCACUGUUUUGCACAACAAAAGUUGGUUUUGUACUUUGAGAAAUAUUGAGUAUGUUCAGUGUACUGUAAA